AUGCAGGACGUCUGGGCGGUUCGUAAGGCUGAGGAGAUCCAAGGAUAUGCGGACCGCAACGAAUGGAAGAACUUCUUCUCCGCUAUCAAAACUGUCUACAGUCCACCGACCAAAGUCACUGCAGCUCUCCUCAGCUCCGACGGCAGAACCCUCCUGACUGAGAAGACACAAAUUCCACAACGCUGGACCGAGCACUUCCGAGGCGUCCUCAAUCGUCCUUCCACCAUCUCCUAUGCCGAAAUCGCCCGUCCGCCUCAAGUGGAGACCAACGUGGACCUCGACCUCCCGUCCUCUCUCCACGAAGCCAUCAGGGUCGUGCAGCAGCUCUGCAGCGGGAAAGCGCCCGGAUCGGACGCGAUCCCUGCUGAGAUCUACAAGUAUGGUGACCCACAACUAAUGGAUCACCUGACUUCGCUCUUCCAGGAGAUGUGGCAUCAAGGAGAAGUUCUGCAGGAUUUCAAAGACGCCACAAUCGUGCAUAUAUACAAGCGAAAUGGUAACCGCCAGCUCUGAGACGAUCAUCGAGGCAUCUCCUUAACUCGCAUCCUCCUAAACCGCCUGAAUAAUCACCUAGAGCAGAGUCUUCCGCCGGAAAUCCAGUGCGGCUUCUGCCGUAAUCGCGGGACCACGGAUAUGAUUUUCGCCGCCCGUCAACUUCAGGAGAAGUGCCAGGAGAUGCGGGUCCACCUCCACUCUACUUUCGUGGAUCUUACGAAUGCCCUUGACACGGUGAAUCGUGAAGAACUGUGGAAAAUCAUGCAGAAAUUCGGCUGUCCCGGACGAUUCACUCAAAUGGUGCAUCUGCUCCACGACGGCAUAAUGGCGCGAAUCACGGACAACGGAGCUGUCUCAGAGGCAUUAGCUUUGCCCAAAGGAGCGAAGCAGGGACGCGUCCUGUUGCCCACCCUUUUCAAUCUUAUGUUCUCUGCCAUGCUGAUAGACCUCUUUCGUGACGAACGUCCCGAGAUCCGCAUCGCCUACAGGACGGAAAGUCACCUCCUGAAUCAACGGCGGAUGGACUUCCAAUCGCGCGUAUCCACAACCACUAUUCACCAGCUGCGCCCUCAACAUCACCUCGGCGGAGGACAUGCAAAGAAGCAUAGUCCUCUUCUCCGCCGCCUGCGAGAACUGCGGUCUGGUCGUCAACAUGGAGAAGACUAUGGUCGUGCACUAACUGCCACCCAACACAGCCUCUCCCUACAAUGCGCCACAGAUCAACGUGAACGGAACGCAACUGAAAGUGGUGAACAACUUCUCGAACUUGGGCAGUACCCUCUACCGCAGCACGAACAUCGACGACGAAGGCGCCCGCAGGAUUUCGAAGCCCAGUCAAGCAUUCGGCCGCCUCCGAAGCACACUUUGGAAUCGCCAUGGUCUCCAACUGAGCACGAAGCUGAAGAUGUACAAGGCCGUCAUCCUGCCGACGCUGCUGUACGGAGCGAAGACUUGGACGGUGUACACGAAGCAGGCACGCCGACUGAACCACUUUCACCUCAGUUUUCUUCGCCGUAUUCUGAGGCUGAGCUGGCAUGGUCGAAUCCCCGAGACAGAUGUAUUGAAACGGACCAGAAUUCUUAG